GGAAAGAAAACGGAACAAGCGCGAGAGAACAGCGUUGGAAAUUGGAUCAUAGGAAAGUGCGGCUAGCCGACAGCAGGCUUUAAUGAGUUUUGCCGCGUAAAAAAUCUAUGAACCCAAGCUUUGCGAAUAAAACGACUAUGCUUCGAGAAAGCUUAUCUCGCUUUCGCGUGGCAUCGUCGAAUAAUCUUCGAUUCACUUGGUGAUUUUAGAGGAGAGAUCACUGUCUGUUUACCCGACAAGCAAUAUCGAAUAUUGCGUGUCGCAUACCGCUAUAAUAUCUAUCAGCCCCAUUAAAUGACAGAAAAUCGAGGAAGAUCGAUGGAGAAUAGGUUCCUUGGGGAAGAGAAAUGUAGGAGGGUUCUCUAAUUGCAUCGAACGCAAGAUCCAGCGUCGGAUCAGCGACGGUUCGCUGUCUUUGAUCAACCCCCUGAAGAUUCUCGCUCCCGUAUUUCUAUAGAAAUUCUCCGGAGGAAAUCAAGCUCAAACUUUGGAUACUUGGGAUGCCCCGUUCGAGAGAGUCGGUUCAUCGCUGGGAAUUUUUACGUGACGUUGUCUGCGCUGGUAAAGAAAGCUUCCGCUUUUCCCGAACGGUUGGCCUCAGGGGCGGGUUUGCAGCGCAGCAGUAGCGCCGAUCCAACGCGAUCGAGUAUGCAGGCGCCGUGAAAACUUUUCCAAUCGAGCGGAAACUUUGUUCUCGUAAUUAAAGCCGCGCGAAUACUUAAUGAAUUCGCGCCGGCACAUCGAUCGUUUCGUGCCGCUCUCGUGACACACGUGCUGAUUUCGACCUUAACCCGUUGGAAAGAGCGGCUUCCGCUUCACGAAGUCCGAAUCACGAGUCAUCUAGGAAAAGCUGAACCGAGAUGAAAGUCGCAAAAUUGUGGGCAUCCCGCGGAAAGAGGCAAGUUUAGUUCUCGUAUCACGCGAAAGGAUAACGGUCUGGAGAAGUCUAACGAAGAGACGUCUAGGGAGCUAUUUCACCUAAUUUAACUGCGAGACCUACACGAGCGCCUGAGGAGAACCGAGUCUCUGGAGUCUUGAAAUCGCGAGCGCGCGAGUCUACUUCGCGACCGCGACUUUGCUCCGGUACGAGCUUCUCAUGAAAUAAUCUACCGCGUAGAGUGGCACCAUAUGAGGAAGGGCAAACUGUGAUCAACGAACUUGAUUGUAAAGUUAUUAAAGCGAUACUGAGAUUUCAGACACCACGUUUGGUUCGGAUUUUAUUUCUUUCUUUAGCAUGCGUCGAUUUCACGCUGCCUUUCAUUCAGUAUGUCUUAUAAUAAUUUUAUUUGUUUAUCUACAUAUAUCGCGGGUUCAUCGUUUAAAUAAAAUUUCAUGAAAAACACCUCUCGAUUUCUUAAUUUCUUCAACGAUUCGCCAAACUUGAUCAGGCGCCAUUAUUCCAUUACAGUGAUACCCGGUACACUCGCGAAAAUCACAAAACACUCAGGUUCAAACGUAACGGUGUCAAAUAUCAAAGUAGUACUGCUCUUUUCGCGUUGUUCAGAGUUGAAAGGCGGAUGUUCCAGGCUCUCGGGUGAUUUAUCCAACAGGAUAUCGGCGCUCGUUCGAUCGAGAGUGAGUUUCGCGAUCCGGGUACUCGGAACUCGAGCUUUCGCGGCGGUCAAGGGUCGACUCUUUAAUUAAUGGAUGGAAGUAAUUAAGAAACGGGAAUCUCCCGCGGGAAGUCUCGGGUGUAACGCGGCCGGCGUAUUCUCUGGAGCGUGUACGUGCCUCUGGUUCGCAGCGUAUUUGCCUUCUGCGAAACUUCUCCCUUCGGAGGAGCUUCCUUGAAUUUCGCAAAAUAUUCAAAGUCGAUUGGCGGGAAAACGAAUCCAGUUAAGAAGGGGGGAAUAGGGAAAGGAGAGAAGGACAGAGAUAUAAAAUACGAACCGAAGUGGAAUUUAUUAAAGGCGUGUUCGUCGGAGGUUUUUGUCGCGGUCAGGGCACGAUCGUCUAGGUGAGCGUUCGCGCGAGGCUGGACGAGGUACGAGGCGGAAUCGUGAACGUUACACGAAGGAGGACGCGGCAGCCAGGGCUGCGGCAAACGGAAUGCCGUAAAUCUCAUGUAAAUUCGGCCCGCCGCUUGAUUUGCAAGCACAAUGCCAGACAAUUGUACGGUCUACCAUCGAGCGGCCGGAUGCGGAGUCUGCGAGUUUCUCCGGUCUCCCUGGUUAACUUCUCUCGUAGACCCGUUCGUUCCACCCUCGUCCCUUCCUCGUCCCCUAUUCGUCCCACGGUUUACCGAUACUCCUCUUGCUCCACAUCUUCGACUGCAUCUCUUUGCCCCGGAACCGCGUCUCUAAACGUUUUAACGAUCGUUUUCUCGUUCGUUCGCGCGUUUCAUUUCAGCUCGUUUCAUUUCGCGUUCGUUCCUCGUCUCUCGUCCUCUCGCGUAUUUCUCUCUCUUUUUGCUUCGCCUCUCUCGUUUUUCGUCUCGUUUCGUCCUCACCGCCGGCAGAAAUAUGUUUCGCAGAUAAAAGAGAAUCCCGUGUACGGGGCGCGAUUUACUGGUAGAAUCGGCGCUCGUAAAACCGCGUCGCGUUAACGCAAUGGGAAGCGGCUUCCACCGUGGGUAUAUCUGUCCGUGGUCAGUGACGUACUCGCGGCGAAAGCGGCCGCCGCGAACCACCCACCAUUGGAAUUCACACCAGUAAUUCACGUUGUCCCGCAGCUGCACGGGAUACCUGCUGCUUCGCGCCGAUCCGUCCCCGUUAACGACCAUUUGAAACCCAGAGACCAUUCCCAGUCCACCGAUUCACCUGGUACUCUUAUUCGCCAACUUCGAUCGUGUUUCUGUGACUCUUCGUGUGUCUACGUAUCGAUGACCAGUCACAGAGAAACCGAACGAUUGUCUCCGCGGACAGUUUCCAAUGGAUCAAUCGUCCGCCAUUCGAAGGGAGGAAACAACGUUCGUCGUAUUUACAGACGAAGAAAAGACGCGACCCGUUGCAUUUCCUGUGAGACGACGACGAUCAGACGAUAAAGCCAGAGCGAAAAGAGGCGCGUACUUGUCGGGUGGAAGAGUGGCGCGAGAAAUAAACGAACCAGCCCCGCGACUCGACUCGGCUUGACUCGACUCGAGGAAACUUUGGCCGGAGGCAUGCGCGCAUCGCGAGAUCAGUCUCUCUUUGUCGCUCGGCCGUGUAACGGCGAGCGAGACACGAGAGUCGAGCGGACCGCGGUCGCACUUAACCGCCGACUAUCAAGGUGCCAACGUAGCCUCCGCCGCGUUCUUCCGUUCCGUUCCAUUCUGUUCCGCUUCGCUCCGCUCGUUCUCUCGCCGCGCGAGUUGGCCACCGGGCGAGCGCGCACGUCCUUCCGCCGUCGAUACAUAGCCCGCCAGUCGGGAAGCUCGAUCCUUGCGAGUUACCACGGCCUCGCGCACCUCACGCCGAUCGUGUCGCGAUUCCCGCGCUUCUCUCAUCUUUGUUCGACAUGACGAGCAGAGGAUCGAGGACGAUCCAGGCCUCGACUGCAAGGUCCUCGGCCAUUGAGCACGCGUACACCUGAAUAACCUUGGAACUCUUCGACGAAGAAGCUUUGUCGUGUCUUUUGAAGAAGGUAUAGUAGUGCGUGGUGUCGGAGGCGUUCUGUUUCGUCACGGGACGAUUACCACAGUUACUCCACUAUAUGCAGAGUGAUUUCCUUUUAUUAAGGAAUUUACGCAAAGCGGCUUGUGCCAGCUGUAAUAAUAACGGAGAAAGUGUCGAUAUCGAAUAUUGUGUCUCGUGUGUUUUGGUGGGCGUAGACCAGGGAAAGAACUAGGCGCCCUCGAGUGCUCGUAAUUCCAGAGAGGAUGAGAUUCGUGGAGAGAUCCGGACACCGUUGGACCUUUCUGGUGCUGCUGGCAACCGUAGCAGCGGCACAGGGUCGCGUCGAGGAAACGCAGAUGGACACGCACGAGGGGUCCACCGUACAGCUGCAGUGUCGCUUCUCCCCACCGAGGGAAAACGUAACUUGUUUCUGGUUGACGCACACCAAUGACAAUCACGAUAACGCAGCGAUAGACAGUCUCGCGUUAUCGCCUCAGUACAAGGUGUUCAUGAACUUAGAGGACGGUCGAUACGAUCUUCAGAUACGAAACGUAUCGUAUGAAAGGGACAACGGCAAGUACGAGUGCCGUGUGAAGGCGAGCGGCACCGGGCACGACCUGCACCGCAAGUUCAUCACUCUGACCGUACUUAGAGCGCCUGGGCCACCGACGAUCUCGCCGAACGCGGCGUCCGCCACCGAGGGCCAAAAGCUCGAGUUGCAGUGCAACACGAACGGCGGCAGCCCCGAGCCGGAAGUCAGAUGGUACCGCGGCAACGAGACCGCCGUUCUUCACUCCGGCAGAACGUUGUCGAUCGAGCCGAAAAAAGAGGACGACAGAGCGAUAUUUCGUUGCGUGAUCAGGAACCGGGCUAUGCGCGACGGUGAAACGUUGAAUGCCACGGUAACCCUCGAUGUCAACUACUUUCCGCGGGUUACCGUGGGUCCGGAAAAUCCUCUGAAAGUCGAGGUAAAUGGAACCGCGAACCUCGAGUGUCGUGUCGACUCGAAACCAAUCGUUGGUAUGGUACGAUGGUGGCGGGAUGGAAGUUUCGUGGCCACCAGCUUUCAGCACACCAUACGAAGAGUCACCGUCCAAGAUGCCGGCAAAUACACCUGCCAGGCGGACAACGGACUUGGGAAGAGGGGCGAGAGUUCCCUAUCGUUGGACGUUCUUUAUCCACCGACCGUCUCGAUAGAGGGCGAUCCUCUGAGGAUCGCCGAGGUCGAGGACACGGUGACCGUGCACUGUAAUGUGACUGCAAAUCCCCCGCCGACGGUGAUCGAGUGGUUGCGUGACAGCCGACCGGAUUUUCGACAACUCGGCUCAAUUCUUCGGCUGAGCCGCGUCACGGCCGAUCACGCCGGAAAUUAUACCUGUCGGGCGGUGAACACGAUCUAUCCCUCUGGCGGCGAGAGGCGAAACUACUCAGCCACCGCUCGGUUAACAGUUCGAGUCAGGCACAAACCGGGUCCAGCCAGGGUCACUCCGGACUCUCCGGUUGCCGUCGAGGGGUCCAGAGUUAUUCUCACUUGUAUGGCCAGUCCAGCUGGCUAUCCAGAACCCAGGUACAAAUGGUGGAAGGAGGGUGAGUCUGGAACGAUAUCGAUGCCCUCGGAGAACACCGGCCCGAGAUACGAGAUCGACUCGGUUCACUUGGGCAGCGAGGGAACGUACAAGUGCCAUGCCACCAACGAGAUCGGCAACGGAGAAGCCGCGUCCGUUAACCUGACCGUACACCAACCGCCCAAGAUACUGACCAAGUUGCAACCACACGUUACCAGGAAGGUCGGCGAGUCAUCGUUUCAAGUGUCCUGCGUGGCGCAGGGCAAACCCCGGCCAAGUGUUCGAUGGUUGAAGGACGAUCAAGAGCUCACCGCGGAUGAGAGGCUCUACAAGGUGACUACAACAGCCUCGGAGGGUCACGGGAACGUGAUCACCGUGAAUUCAACGCUGAGCUUCCUGGGCCAUGCCCGACCGCAAACGGACGAGAUCGUGGCCAGCGAUCGAGGCAAAUACACCUGCGUGUUCGUGAACGAGGUCAAGAAGGUCGAGUCGACGAUGAUGUUGAAGGUGGAACACGAGCCUAUCGCUUUGCAUCAACACGGCAAAGUCGCGUAUAAUUUGAGGGAGACGGCCGAGGUGGCGUGCAAAGUGCAAGCUUGGCCGAAACCCGAGUUCCAAUGGAGUUUUGGCACCAACGCGGCCAGUUUGCAAGGGUCAUCGAGCGACGGUCACUACGAGAUUUCCACGAGCAGCGACAACUACGACGUGUACACAUCCGUGCUCAGGAUAACCAACAUCCGAGAGUUGGAUUACGGAGAUUACAGUUGCAGAGCGGCAAACGCUCAAGGUAGCAUCACUUCGACCAUUCGGCUGCAACCGAAAGGCGCACCGGAGAGACCCAUCAACAUCACGGCGAUGGACGUCGGCCCUACUCACGUAGCUUUGCUCUGGGAGCUCGGUUUCGACGGCGGAUUGCCCAUCACUAAAUACUUCGUCUCUUACAGAAGAGUACCCGGUGGUGACGAAAUCGUAGCGCCGGACUGCGCCGUUCCUAGACCACCGGCUGGUCAGUGGCUCGAACUGGACUGUCGUCGAUCUAAUCCGUGUAACGUGACCAGUCUAGAACAACAUCAGACGUACACGUUCAAGGUUAAAGUGUACAACACGAAGAACCACUCGGACUAUUCCGACGAGGUAACAGCAACGACCGCGGUUGCCAAAAUUCCGGCGCCGUUGAGAGUUAGCUACGAUCCGGAGAGCGGGAUGCUAGCCAUCAGUGUCGGCGCCACUUGCCUAUCGCUGGUGUCGUCGAUUGAGAAGUUCGAUGGGCCGUCUUCCUCCACGGAUGAGUCGCAGUGGAGGAUUCUCGACGAGUGGCCUCUCGAGGUACUCGGAAGCGCUCCUACUCAAAGGGAGGGUGUCCUGGAUGACCUAGAAUCUCUCAAUACCGAACCUAGACUCAGAGUUAGAUUGUGUCUGAAGGCGGAUCGGCAAAAAUGUGGCGAAUACGCGGAGGCUGAAAUUGGCCCUUCGUAUAUCGCACAAUCUGGAACUCUUACAACACCGACGGUGAUCGCCAUUGUAAUCAGCGGUAUCGUGUUUCUGUUGUUCAUUACGCUAUCAUUCUUCUUUUGUCGGUGUCGACGAAAACACGCCGCCAAGGCGAAAGACUACGAAAUGGACUCGAACGCGGUUCGACCGAGCCUCGUCGCCGGAAACGGACAGCAGAGCCAGGCGCCGCCGCCCUACUACGCGGAGAACAAAGCCCUCGAACACAGUUUGGAUCACGCGCUGGCCAUGGAGGACUCCAAGACCCCGGCGUACUCGCAACCUGGCUACGGUUACCAUCAACCGAACCACAACAUCAAUGGCGUCAACAUGGGCUACAUGGACAACAGCUACUCGAACUCGAAUAACGGGGGCUCGGUGAACUCGCAAGACUCCAUCUGGCAGAUGAAGUCGGCGGCCGCGAACGGCGUUGGCCAGCCGUACGACCUGGCGGGCUACGCAACCACCGAGUCGGAUUAUCCGACCCACCCUCAUUACCUCCCACAGAGGGAGGAUUACCGGGAGAGCCAUAAUCUAAGUCGACAGCAGUUUUGCUCGGAACCAUUCGCCACCGUCGUAAAGUCUCAAAAACACGUCGAUUCACCGUACGACGUGUCCGGUCUGCCUUAUCAGGAGAACUACGACGAGGACGCGAAGCCACCUCAGCAGGUCAGCCUAUCGUACGACGAGAGUCUCGAGUCGGGCUACUCGACCCCGAACAGCCGAGGACGCCGGAUUAUUCGUGAGAUAAUCGUUUGAGAUCUGCCUACCGGCUCGCGAGCCGGAAGCACCCGCACCACAUGGCUAUAGCAGGAGGCCACUCCCACCGGAGCCACGUAUCACCCGGUGGACCAUACGCGCGAUCCUCUCCGCCAUAGGAUGGAGAUAGUGAUCGAGAACCCCGUGGAAUCGCCACCACCGCCGCCUCCUCCGCCGCCCCCGUUACAGCCGCUGACCAUGUCUUCGUGGAACGCCAUCGUCACGGCUCCAUCCACCACUACGUUUUCGUCGUCUAACGCCGUGGCGUGCACCUCGAUGCCAGCUGCUACGACCGUGAUGACGAUAACCAUCGCCGAAAAUCCCACCGCAACUCCCAGCUACCCACCCCCUGUACGAUUUUCUUAUCGAGAAACGUACGCGGCCAAUUCGCUUCCGUUCGCCGGCGAUCCGUACUCCGUGCGCCGCGGUCAACCUCGAGGAAGGUCGUACGACGAUCCAGACGGAGCUUCACCGACGGUUCGACGCAUCGACAAGUCUGGACUGUUAGGUAUCACCGAACCGGAGGCGUCGUCCACCUUAAGAACCGGCUUGAGAUCGCCAAGAUUUCUUUCAGGAAUGAACAGCGUCGUUUCCGGGAUGCUGUCGCCUCGAAGAUUCGAGUGUAUCGGACAACUGGAUCCGGUACCAGAGAUCCCGGGACAAAUUAGCCGGGCAAAUGUGGCGCCUGGCGCCUCUAACGCGUUCCCCGUCGCGUCCACGACCAACGUUCCUCUGAUCGGUAUGGCGUCGAUGAUCGGACACGAAAGAAGAGACGGAUGUCGAUUAGAUUCCUGCGAAACGUUGUCCGUCGUUGAUCUGGCCAGGCCAACGAAGUCAGUUUCCUUCGAUUCUCUCGAAUCUCGUCACAGAAUCGACCACACGGACGCGGGAACCACGUUACAGACUUUCGACCGUAAUCUCGAUGGAAUCGAGUCUGCGAAUCUGGACGUAUCCGGCUACGCUUCGUCGUUCCAAUUGCAAGAAAAUUGCGAAGCUAGAGGGCGAACUCUGGGACGUUUGUCGAAGUUUGCUGUAGUCAGGAACGAUCACGACAACACAGCGGACAGUAUCGGCAGAUAUUCCGAGACAUGCUGCAAUUUUCCUUUCAUCGCUCGCACGACGACAGCGUUCUCGGGUUUCGAGGGAACCUCGAGUCUGCCGACGACUAGAGUCACCACGACCACCGUGACCACGUCGACGGCGACGGUAGCGGUCUCCGCAAUGCGGGAAACGGAUGCGAAUGAGAAACAGGAAGAUGUCGAGGGGUCCAACAAUCGCGCGCCGGAAGAGGUAAGAGCGGAAGCGGAGGGCUGCGAGCACGGGUCGACGAGGAACCUAAUGAAAAACGAGGAAUCUUUGGAGAGAACCGACGAAUUCGCGGACAACGACGGGAUCCAAACGCUACGAGUGAUCAUUUUGUCGGAACAAUUGUGAAACCUAGAAAGCAGCUGAUAAUUUAGGUGGAAGAAGGAGGUCAAACUCGUUUCUCGCCGACCGAUAUAUUGUUCGAUGUGUAUUAUAUUUAAGUAGCAUGUAAGUACAAACCGCGACGAAGAUGGACGAUCGAGUCUUGAGAGAGAAAAGAAUCUCACACGAAGGCUGACGCGAUGCCAUAAGAGGCCAUAAACCUUUUCGAGAAGCAAAAACGAAGAAAAAAUCUCGUGGAGCGUCGAGGCUCGAACGUGUCUCGCCGUUCUUAAUAGAACUCGACACGUUUGAGUCGCGACGCUUUUACGCAUUUUGUACUUUUAUAUCGUGGACGAUGCCGCCGACUCGAGCGAUGAUCCCCGCGGUUCCCGCGAUCGGGGACGAUUUUUUCUGUAAAUGUACCAUAACUCGACUGCGCCGUGACGCGCUUAUUAACAUAAGCAAUAAGUCUGACGUUCGACAGCGACGCGUAGGUGAUACGCGUAUUUUUUCAAGUCGAGAAUCGUCGCGUUUUCGAUGAAAAAAAUAAAA